AUGCGAGAAAUGCUAUUCAAAUACAAACAUAAUAAUAAUAAUAAUAAUAAUAAUAAUAAUAAUAAUAAUAAUGAUGAUGAUGAUGAUGAUGAUGAUGAUGAUGAUGAUGAUGAUGAUGAUGAUGAUGAUGAUGAUGAUGAUGAUGAUGAUGAUGAUGAUGAUGAUGAUGAUGAUGAUGAUGAUGAUGAUGAUGAUGAUGAUGAUGAUGAUGAUGAUGAUGAUGAUGAUGAUGAUGAUGAUGAUGAUGAUGAUGAUGAUGAUGAUGAUGAUGAUGAUGAUGAUGAUGAUGAUGAUGAUGAUGAUGAUGAUGAUGAUGAUGAUGAUGAUGAUGAUGAUGAUGAUGAUGAUGAUGAUGAUGAUGAUGAUGAUGAUGAUGAUGAUGAUGAUGAUGAUGAUGAUGAUGAUGAUGAUGAUGAUGAUGAUGAUGAUGAUGAUGAUGAUGAUGAUGAUGAUGAUGAUGAUGAUGAUGAUGAUGAUGAUGAUGAUGAUGAUGAUGAUGAUGAUGAUGAUGAUGAUGAUGAUGAUGAUGAUGAUGAUGAUGAUGAUGAUGAUGAUGAUGUUCAGUGUAGUUUAGUGUUGUUUAGUUUUGUGUUUUGUAGUGAAUUACGGUUUAUCGUAGGAUGGUAG